CUUCCACUCCUUGAAAGGCAUUAGAAUCGAUAUAUAAACCAAUUGAGUUUCCUCAGUUUUGAAAUCGCUUGAUCUUAUACUGUUUUUUAUCUUUUCAUUGAAUUUGGUACCAAUUGCAACCUUUUUAUAAUGUUUUCCAAACUUAAAAUUAAAAGUAGAGCUUCCGAGUUACCAGCCGCAGAUCCACCAAUUAACGAGGGUCAACCUCCCACCAAGAGACAAAUAUACCAAUCCCGUCAUAAUUUUGGGGUCAAUAUUGGUUCGUGUUUUGUGAAUGAAAAAUGGAUUUUUGAUGAAAUUUUUAUUGAUGAUACUGAAUUUGAAUUGGAAGCUGCUAAAAAAUCGGUCAAGAAAUUAGGCAAGGAUGGAGCAAGAGAGAAAUUUGAAAAUCACUGGCAAGGUUUUAUGUCUGACGAUGAUUGGAGUUGGUUGAAAGAUCAUCAAGUCACUGCCGUUAGAGUACCUUUGGGUUAUUGGCAAAUUGACGGAGGGAAGUUUGCUGAUGAUACUAAGUUUGAAAAAUAUACAAAGGUAUAUGCUAAUGCUUGGAACAUUUUCAAAUCACAUUUUGUUGAAAAAGCCGCAGAACACGAUAUCGGGGUCUUAGUCGAUAUCCAUGGUUUACCAGGUGGUGCAAAUGGUGCUGACCAUAGUGGUGAAAAGAAUGGUGGCUCAGCCGAUUUUUGGGAAGAUUUCUCUGCUCAGGUACAAAUGACUGAAGCUUUCAAAUUCAUUGCUCAAGAUUUGGCUGAUUAUGAGAAUAUUAUAGGAAUUCAAAUUGUUAAUGAAUCCGAAUGGUCGGAUGAUGCUAAAAGACAAAAACAAUAUUACUCUGCCUCAAUAAAAGAAAUCCGUGAAGUUGAUAGACAAAUUCCAAUUAUAAUAUCUGAUGGUUGGAAUCCUCACCAAUGGGUCCAUUGGGUUCAAGAAAAACAAAAUAGCAUUGGUUAUUUAGGAGUUGUUGUUGACCACCAUGUUUAUAGAUGUUUCUCUGACGAUGAUAAAAAUAAAGCACCAGAACAAAUCAUUGGUGAUUUACAAGGUGACAUUCUAACAAAUCUCAAUGACAAUGGUAGAGGUGUCGACUUUAUGGUUGGUGAAUAUUCAUGUGUUUUGGACGGUCAAUCUUGGGACAAAAAUGGUGCUAAUGAUAGAAGAGACCAGUUGGUAAUUGAUUACGGUAAUCACCAACUUCGUCAUAUUUCUGAAAGGGCCGGUUAUGGUUCAUUUUUCUGGACUUACAAAUUCAAAAGUGGUAAUGGUGGUGAAUGGGAUUUCAAAACUAUGACUGACAAAGGUGCAAUUAGACCUCCUUAUAAUAGUCAAGGUGAUGAGCCAGAUCAAGGUAAGUUUGAAGAAGUUUCGCGUGAUGCUUACCACUCUCACUGUAAUUAUUGGAAUAGUACCGAUCCUAAUGAACAUUUCGAACACGAAAGAUACUGGGAUGGGUUCACUAAUGCUUGGGCUGACUCAAUGGAAUUUCAUAAAUUCAAUGGUUCGAUCAUUGGAAGAAACCAGGCUUUCAAAUUGGCAAGAUUAGAAGAACACAAGAAAACUAAAGGUGAACUGAAGCACCUUUGGGAAUUCGAACAAGGUUAUGAUGCUGGUUUGAAAGAAUUUCGUAAUGCUUUGUAGAAUAUCUUAUCUGGUUAACGUUUAAAUUCUUAUACUUCAUCUUAUAGUCUCUUGUAGCAGCCAAAUCUUUAUGAUGUACGGGUGUUGUUCCCGCACCUAAUUUUAAACUAAGACAAAAACUGUAUAACUAAUCGAAUUGCC